AUGAACCACCAGCGCCAGGACCCGUCCACCGGGGAGACCCUCAUCUGUGCCAAAUGUCCACCCGGCACGCACAUGGCCGCGCACUGCACAGCUGCCACGGUCACCAGGUGCGCGCCGUGCAAAGGCGAACUGUACACCGAGCCGUGGAACUACCUGCCCUGCUCUAUUUGUGGGCCUCCCAGGUGUCUGUACUGCAACAACUUCUGCUAUGAGAAGCAGGAGGUGGAGAAGGAGUAUUGCAGCUGGACGCGAAGCAACAGGGUCUGCCGCUGCAAAGAGGACUUCUGCUGCGCCGAUAACUUCUGUAUCAGACACACGGAGUGCGGCCCCGGACACGGAGUUCAAACGAAAGGUACAUCACAAAGCAACACUGUUUGUGAAGAAUGUGCCGAGGGCUUCGUCUCUAACUCAUCUUGCGCAAGCGGACAGAUAGUGCUCCUGCCCGGCUCCAUCUACCACGAUACGAUGUGUGGCACCUGCGAGGAUCUUGGAAAUGGAGGUAUGUCCAGAGCUUUCCUCUCGGGAUUCUUCAGUAUGCACAGGAUGCGCGUGCAGGAGGUGGAGAAGGAGUGUACGGCGCUCAGCAACAGGGUCUGCCGCUGCAAAGAGGGCUUCUGCUGCGCCGAUAACUUCUGUAUCAGACACACGGAGUGCGGCCCGGACAAAGAGUUCAAACGAAAGGCAGAUUGCAGCUGGACGCGAAGCAACAGGGUCUGCCGCUGCAAAGAGGACUUCUGCUGCGCCGAUAACUUCUGUAUCAGACACACGGAGUGCGGCCCGGACACGGAGUUCAAACGAAAGCAUUCUUCUAUGAACCACCAGCGCCAGGACCCGUCCACCGGGGAGACCCUCAUCUGUGCCAAAUGUCCACCGGCACGCACAUGGCCGCGCACUGCACAGCUGCCACGGUCACCAGGUGCGCGCCGUGCAAAGGCGAACUGUACACCGAGCCGUGGAACUACCUGCCCUGCUCUAUUUGUGGGCCUGUCUCAGAGAUAG